GACCAAAAAUUUAAUGAUCAGAUUAUCAGUGUUUUCAAUACGAGUGGAAAUUGUAGUGGUCACACUGCUGAAAGCCACUCACUGGAAGGUAGAUUGAAUGAUGAGAAUGAGAGAAGAAGUAUAGGUCUGACGAGUGAGCUGGAGGAAUAAUGUUAAGGGCGGACGGGACGGUCGAGGAAAUAUCCGCCAUUGCUCUGUUUCUACUAAGAUGGUAAUCUCAGAUUCUACUUCAUAUAAUGGAACAAAAAUCUAUCAUUGUGUAUGCUCACUUGCAGUGCAUAUGCUGAUUGUUUUUCAGCCUCAUCUGUGCGAUAGAAAUCGAGAUUACCAUCUUCAAAAUCGCGAGGCAAUUUUUUAGAAAGAGAGGGAAGAUAGGAAAAAUAACACAGCGUCUCGAUUCACCUUAAUAACACAGUUUGAGAUUGCAUCCCAACUGAUUCGGACGUGUUUUUCUUUAUUUGGAGUCACGAUACUUUAUUAGCUACUCGGUCCCGUUUCAUCAACAGUUGAACGUAUCAGAAAUGUGCUAUUCCUCGCCGGAAUGAUCCCGUCACCCGAAUGUGUACCACCUGCCGGAUGAUGGUCGAUAUGAUCGUGUCCUUCCAGGAAAUUUGCCAACAGACGGAACUGCUGAUGCGAAAAAGUGCUGGUUCGAGUCACAUAGUUGUUGCAGACGAUGAUCGUUGGGACAAAACCGCCUGGCUGAUUGAAUCGCUGUUCAAGGGGGUAACCCAACAUCGACAGGCUUUGAUGCUGGUAGACUCGCAUGGUGAUGGAGAUGAGAAUACAGCUACCAUAGAGGCGGAGCAAGAAAUCUUCCAAGUUAGCCAAGCUGAUGCCCUGACGGGAGAGGGGAAAUAUUUGCAAGAGGAGAGUGGCGAGGAGGAAGAAGAUGAAAAAGUUGUGGGUGUUCCGGUUGCACAACUGCUACUGGAUAUAAAAACUGAAGAAGUGGAGGAGGAGAACGACCAAGGCAUAAAUUAUCGGUAUGAAGAUGAACCGGAAUCAGACGAGGACAGCGAAAAUGAACAAAAACCGAAGAAGAAGCGAAAUCGCAAGAGAGAAAACGGAGUGAAACCGCGGGUGAGGAAUGCAAAAAUAAUGUGCGAUACCUGUGGAGAACUGGUGUCGCAGCUCUCCCUUGAGGGGCACCUGAAUCGGCAUCUGGGUGUGACGCCGUUCGUAUGCGAGAUAGAGGGAUGUGGCAGUCGGUUAUACUCUAAGUACAGUCUAAAGCGGCACAUGCAUCUGCACAAGAGCACAACAAAGUACUAUGACUGCCCGGAUUGUGGCAAACGGAUGUCGGGAACAAGUGUUUGGAUUCGACACAAGAAGAUACACACCGAAGAACCGAAACACGAAUGUAACAUUUGUGGAAAGAAGUUCCGAAGGAAAUUUGCAUUGAAGCUUCACUCGGUGGUUCAUACGGGAGCGGCGCAGUUCCCGUGUGAAAUUUGCGGCAAGCGCUUCAACGUGAAACACAAUCUCGGAACUCACUACAAAACGCACAAGCGGGAUGGGACCUGGCCAGAGAUGCAAACGAAAGAGGUAUAUCACCAGGAAAACUAUGAACCUAGCGAGCAAAACGGUUAGAAAAACAGGACGAUCGUUAAAUGUAUUCUAUGGAAAUCAA